CGUUCUCGAGAAAUUACCAUCUUUUUUGCUAAAAGAGCAGCCUCCGCAUUCUACAACACCUUCAGUCUACGAACCCUCUAGAAAAAAGCGCCCGCGUCAACCGCAGCAGCACCCACCCACCCAAGAGGCUCAGAGAGCGCGCGCAAAGGAGGAAAGAGAAAAACGGACACACAGAGAGAGAGAAACUCCACCCCCGGCGGCCUAUGAGCGUGUGCCUUUGGCGUGGGCGGGAUUCCCGGCAUUCGGGACUCGGGAGUUUGUCCGGGGAGCUGGUCCUUGCUGGAGCCCUUUGGCUCUGCCCCAGAACCAGUUACCAGCGCCGUCCUCCUUGUCUCUGGCGCCUUCGGCAUGGAUGCAGCAGGGCCGCAGGAGAAAGAAGAGCUGGAUGAGGCGCUGCUGGAAGAGCUGAUGGAGAGGAGCUUCUUUGCUGAUCCGGCUCCGCUAGAGAGGUUUCCAAAGAGAAUAGUUGGCUUCCCUGAUACAGUGCUCAACAAUGGUUUGAACAAUAGAUACUGCGUCUUACAAGUUCAGGAAAAAGGCGAUCUUGAGAAACAUCUGAUAAUCACAGCUUCUUCUUCACUUGAUGAUUGGGAUACAGAACUGUGCAUUUUAAGGAAUGACUGGAUUUCUGUUCCAGUGCAGCCUGGAGACAUCAUUCAUCUAGAAGGAGAGUGCAACUCUGGUAUAUGGAUAAUAGAUGCAGAUGUAGGAUACUUAAUUCUCUAUCCAGAUGUGUUGCUUUCUGGUACCACUGUAUCAAAUAGCAUUCGGUGUAUGAGGAAGGCUGUACUGAGUGAAAAGUUCAAGAGAUGCGAGUCUGGUUCACAUCAAAUGCUAAUUGGUACAAUCCUACAUGAAAUUUUCCAGAAAGCAGGAACAAAUUUUACACACAAGAAACUGCAAGAAAUUGCUACCUCAGUUAUUCAUGGUUCAAAGUAUUUAAAGGAGAUGUACCAGUUAAAUCUGAAACAAAAUGAUAUAAUGCAAGGGGUAGAGGAAUAUCUUCCAUCAUUUACUAAAUGGGCAGAAGACUUCAUGUAUAAACACAGCCAAGUGAACCAACAUAACAUGCAACUAAAAUUGCCGGGAGAUAAUGGAGAAGAAUCCUUUUGCAGUGUCAAAGUUAAAGAAAUCCUAGAUGUUGAGGAGAACAUCUGGUGUCCGAGGUUCGGCUUAAAGGGCAAGAUUGAUGUUACAGCCAGUGUAACAAUUCACCGCAGAUCUAGAACCCAAUCCAGGAUAAUGCCACUGGAGCUUAAAAGUGGCAAAGAAACUAAUUCCAUAGAGCACCGAAGCCAGGUAGUCUUGUACACACUAAUGUGCCAGGAAAGGCAUGUAGAUCCCGAAGCUGGAUUCCUCCUCUAUCUUAAAACUGGUAAUAUGUUUCCUGUUCCUGGCAAUCAUAUGGAUAGGAGAGAACUAAUUAAACUAAGAAAUCAGUUGGCCUACUAUUUGCUUCACAGUCUACAUAUAUCUGAGAUGGCAAAUAAGCAGACAGAACCUGCACCUUUGCCUCCUUUGAUUAAUGACAGUCAGACUUGCAGUUACUGCUCCCAGAAACAGAACUGCAUGCUUUAUAGAAGGGCUGUAGAGCAGCAGAUAAAUAUCUCAAUUCCUCCGGAUGUGGAUGCUGCUGUUGCAAAAGAAACCCAGCAUUUGAAACCCACACAUUUGGACUAUUUCCGCCUCUGGUAUUUGAUGCUAACCUUGGAGUCUCAAUACAAAGAUGGGAAGAAGGGGUGUAGGAACAUAUGGAUGAUACCUGCUGCAGAAAGAGAGAAACAGGGAGACUGCGUUGGAAAUCUGAUCAAACUGGAAGGUGUACAGGUGGUGUCUGAUGGACAAUAUUUACACUGGUUCCAGCGUAAGAACGAUUCUAUGCCUGUAACAAUCCUGAUGGUAGGAGACAGAGUUGUUGUGAGUGGUGAAGACAACACUUUGCUUGGCUUGUCUACUGGCUAUGUUCACGAGGUCAACAGAACCAAAAUCUCUUGCUUAUUGGAUAGGAAUUUGUCACAGCUCCCCAAGGACACUGUAUUUAGGCUAGAUCACGAAGAAGGAGCUUUUGGUAUAGAUGCCCCCUUAGGAAACCUUUCUAAGCUGAUGGAGAAUUCUCCUACCAGUGAAAAGCUUCGUAAUCUGAUAAUAGAAUUUCACAAACCACGAUUCAUCCAGCACUUAAGCUCUGUCCUUCCUUCAGAAGCAAAAGAUACUGUUGCAAACAUUUUAAAAGGUCUGAAUAAACCUCAGAAACAAGCAAUGAAACAAGUGCUGCUUUCAAAGGAUUACACACUCAUUGUUGGGAUGCCUGGAACAGGAAAGACGACUACAAUAUGUGCUCUGGUCCGUAUACUAUAUGCUUGCGGCUUCAGUGUUCUCUUAACUAGCUUUACUCAUACAGCAGUUGACAACAUCCUUUUGAAGCUAGCAAAGUUCAAAGUAGGUUUUUUGCGACUGGGCAGAGCUCAGAAGGUUCAUCCAGACUUACGGAAGUUUACAGAAGAAGAAAUCUGCAGAUCCAAAUGUAUUAAAACUGUAACUCAACUGGAAGAGCUGUAUCAUAGUCAGCCUGUAGUUGCAACAACAUGCAUGGGAAUAAAUCACCCAAUUUUCAGCCGUAAACUAUUUGACUUCUGCAUAGUGGAUGAGGCUUCUCAAAUUAGCCAGCCCGUCUGCCUGGGUCCACUCUUCUAUUCACAUAGGUUUGUGCUGGUAGGGGAUCAUCAUCAGCUGCCUCCACUUGUGCAAAAUAUAGAAGCAAGAAAUCUUGGCAUGAGUGAAAGCUUAUUCAAGAGACUGGAACAAAAUGAGAAUGCUGUUGUUCAGCUUACUGUGCAGUACCGUAUGAACAGUAAAAUUAUGUCGCUGAGUAACAAGCUGGUGUAUGAUGGCAAAUUGGAAUGUGGCUGUGAGAGAGUGUCGAAAGCAGUUGUUGAAUUACCAUAUUUAGAAAAAUUGAAAUUGGAGUGGGAAUAUUAUUCAGAAGCAUGGCUAAAGGAAAUGCUUGAUCCAAACAACCCGGUUUGUUUUCUUAACACAGAGAAGGUUCCAGCACCAGAACAUGCAGAAAAAGGUGGUGUAAGUAACAUGUCAGAAGCCAGGCUGGUACUGUUCCUGACAUCCAUGUUUAUCAAGGCUGGAUGCAGGCCAUCAGAUAUUGGGAUCAUAUCUCCAUACAGACAUCAAUUAAAGAUAAUUACUGACUUGAUGACAGGUUCAUGCAUCAAUAAAGUAGAAGUAAAUACAGUGGACAAGUACCAAGGAAGAGACAAAAGUAUUAUCAUAGUGUCUUUUGCAAGGAAUAGUGGUGAAGAACAUCUCGGAGAACUUCUGAUGGACUGGAGGCGCCUUAAUGUUGCCAUUACAAGAGCCAAACACAAAUUAAUCAUGCUGGGCUGUGUGCCAUUUCUUUGUCAUUACCCUCCUUUAAAGAGGUUACUUUGUCAUUUGAAGAAUGAAGCUAUGAUUUUCAGUAUUCCAUUAGGAGCCUAUGAAAAUAUCUUUUGCUGUAACCUGCUGUGACAAAAGGGAAGGACAUCAAGGGCUAAAUCUUCAUUCCUGUGCUGCUGAAUUAAUUACACUGCAAGUUUUAAGGCAACAUAUUAACAAUGGGCUUAAUUUCAGUCCAGAUUUUUUUUUUUUUUUUUGAAAUACCAGUGACUCAGCAUACCUCUUACAAAACUGGACAUCUUAAAACCAGGAUCUUGAUAACUACUAUAUUGGCACCUCGAAUCCUAUAUUUAAAGUUUUCAAUAGCUGCUUUUUAUUCCAUUCUGGCAAGUUAAACUAGAGUGUGCACAAAGAUUUUAAGUUAAACCCUUCUGAAUACCUAUGCGUUUCAUUCACUCACUGAUAUUGAUUGCAUUUCGGAAUGCCCCAUGUAUGGGAAAAGAAUGAUAGCUUGGAUAAGAUUGAGUGAACAGUUGUCUUUUAUAUGUUCUGGUUUUGUAGGGGAGAUGUGGGAUCAUUUAAUGUGUGUAUAUGAUGCUCCAAUUUUUGAUAUAAGAUGUUAACCCAUUGUAAAAACAUGAAAUACGGAAGUCCAAAGAAGCUACUCUGAAGAACUACUACCUCAUGAUUGAUACUUUUUAUUUAUUAAUUUGGAAAUAUAUUUGUACAUAUUGUAUUGGUACUAUUGACUACUUUUGCUACUUAGUUCUCAUUUAAAUAAUGGAAUCUUUCCUGUUAUGGAUAAAUGUUGUUCCCCCUGUUGUGCUGUUCCCCCCCCCCCGUGUGUGUGUGUGUGUGUGUCACACACAGCUUGAAAGUCUCAUUUUUUAUAGUUUGUGUAAUAAAAUAAACUUGAUAUACA